AUGGCGGCGCCCCGGGCUGUGGACGGAGUGGAGCCAGGGACCGGACAAACUCCGCUGAUUCUGCCCGAUUCCGGCUCCGACGAGGCGAAAAGACCACAAUUUGGGACCCGCUUCCUCACAGACCCGCGACAGGUUUUUCAACACAAUGCGUGGGACAACGUGGAGUGGACAGAGGAGCAGGAGAGAGCAGCAAAGGAGAAAGUCCUGGAGAACAGCCAGCCGCUGCCUGAGGAAAAACAAGAGGAGUUUGAGACGAAGGCAAACGAGUUCUGGAAUGAGUUUUACACCAUCCACGAAAACCGCUUCUUCAAAGACCGACACUGGCUUUUCACAGAGUUCCCCGAGCUCGCUCCUAAAUCCUGUCCCAAACCAGAGUCCCUCCCCGAGCUCACACCUCAGUCCUGUCCCACAGAUGAGUUGAACACAGCAGAGAGACCAGAGUACGGCCUGAGUUCAGGGCCCUGCAGGGAAAUAGAGGCUCUCACUCUCAGUGACAGUUUUCCAGGAGCCAAUGCGACAUACAGGAUAUUAGAGGUCGGCUGUGGAGUUGGUAACACAGUUUUCCCGAUACUGAAAACCAACAAUGACCCUGGUCUGUUUGUUUACUGCUGUGACUUCUCCAAUACUGCUGUUGACUUAGUAAAGUCUAAUGCAGAGUAUGACCCCGGGCGCUGCUUUGCUUUUGUUCAUGAUCUGAGUGAUGUGGAUGCCCCUUACCCCAUCCCCGACGGGACCCUGGAUGUUCUCGUUCUGAUCUUUGUUCUGUCUGCGCUGCAUCCCAACAAGAUGCAGGCGUCCAUCAGGAGACUGGCUCGUCUGCUGAAGCCUGGAGGGAUGAUGCUGCUCAGAGACUACGGACGCUACGACAUGGCACAACUGCGGUUUAAGAAAGGGAGGUGCCUUUCAGAAAAUUUUUAUGUUCGCGGUGAUGGAACAAGAGUUUACUUCUUCACUCAAGAUGAAUUACAUGACCUGUUCACAUCGGCCGGUUUGGAGAAAGUUCAGAACCUGGUGGACCGACGUCUUCAGGUGAAUCGAGGGAAGCAGCUGACCAUGUACCGAGUCUGGAUCCAAUGCAAAUACCGCAAAGGCCUUGAAUGCACCAAAAAGGCCUUGAAUGCACCGCAAAGGCCUUGAACGCAUCAUGCAGAUGCAGACACUGAGCUGACGGAAAGGCCCCAUAAUCGAUAUUAAAAGUGGUGCAGUUUUGAUUGAUAAUGGCACUAUCUCAAACAAACACUCACGGAUAUUGCUGCUUAACCGAUCAGGCAUUUUACCAGCGUCCAUAGGUGGGCUGUUUGAUGGACUUAUGUUAAAGCCUAUAUGCUUGACAAUGGAAAGUUACCUUGAAUUUUUAAAGGUCCUAUAUUACACCAAACUGACUCUUGUGAGUUUUAAGUCAUGUUCUAAUGCUGUUACCUCCUCAAAAACAGACCUGGAGUUGUGUUUUGUUUCAUUCACACAUGUUAACACUUUAUUAUUAGUCUGUAUACAUCUACAAAGCUCACAAUACUCUGUUCCACCUUGUGAUGUCAUGAAGUGGUAGUUUUCAAGUUAACAGCUCCUUUUACUUUCAGUUCAGUAGAGAUUGGCAAUUCCAGGGCUCCAAAUGAUUCUAGUGAAGGUGUGUGGAGUUUAAAAACACAGUGGAGCACUUCCUGUAUUACCACAUGACAUCACAAAGUGGAACAGAGUGUUUUCAGUUUGUGAGAAGAACUCAGCCUAAAUAUGCAGAGUUUGUGUGUUAAACGUGUGAAUGAAAUAAAACACAACUCCAUUUAUGUUAUGUUUGUGAUGAGGAAACAUUACAACAGAUUAGAAAACAGCUUGACACGGAACCUGUAAAGAGUUUGGGGUUGAUAUUUAAUCUUUAAUCUGACAAAAUCUGUUUUUUUAAUGUUGAAUUCUCUCCAAAUAAAGAUGUUUUUAUAGUCAUUCAUAAUUC